AUGGGAGCAGGAUGCUGUAAAGAGGAAGCAAUAGAUUUUGAUGGUGAAAUUGAGCUAUCACAUUUUCAUUUGCUCCGGUCAGUUGGAAAGGGUGCAUUUGGGAAAGUAAGGGUUGUUCAACACAAACGAACCAAGGAGAUCUAUGCACUCAAAUAUAUCAAUAAGACAAAAUGUAUCCGGAUGCGAGCAAUCGAAAACAUCAUUCAGGAAAGACGAUUAUUAGAAGAAGUUGAGUUCCCACUGAUCUGUAACUUACGAUACGCAUUCCAGGACGACGAAAACCUGUUUAUGGUUUUGGAUCUAAUGUUGGGAGGCGACCUUCGUUUCCAUCUGGAGCGAGCAGGGCCUAUGAAAGAAGAGGUAGUGCGGUUUUAUGUUGCGGAAUUAGCUCUUGCGCUGGACGCACUUCAUUCGAGGAGAAUUAUACACAGAGAUCUAAAGCCCGAUAAUGUGUUGCUGGAUGAACAUGGACAUGCGCAUUUAACCGACUUUAACAUCGCAGUAUAUUACAGCCCCGCCAAACCAUUGCUUUCAAUAGCAGGAAGCAUGGCAUAUAUGGCACCUGAAGUGCUCUUACGCAAAGGAUAUUUUGAAUCAGUCGACUGGUGGAGUCUAGGUGUAGUCAUGUUUGAAUUACUUUUUGGCAAGCGACCAUUUCGAGGAAAGAGCAAUGAUCUAUUGAAAAAUUCAAUCCUACGCGAUCCUUUGCCAUUUCCAGAAAAUGCACGAGAAAUACUCUGUGAAAGGGACAUCAAAAAACGGCUCGGUUGUACGCCUGAUGGUUUGAAUGGAUUUAAGAAACAUCCGUGGUUUGAAGGUAUUGAAUGGGAUAAAUUAGUCACAAAGGAGGCUACUCCUCCAUUUCAGCCAGAUUCAAAACGCGCCAAUUUUGACGCCACUCACGAGCUAGAAGAAUUGCUGAUGGAGGAUAACCCAUUGAAGGCCAAGAAACGCGCACAGACUACACCAGAGACAGAACUGUCAAACGUCCUCAUUCAAUCAACCGUGGUCGCAUUCUUCGUCCUUCGAAUGAUCCAAAAAUGA